AUGGUGGGUUCUCUGCACUUCUCUCUGCCAAGUGACCUCUUCUCUAUCCUGCUUCUCCAGGUGUCCAUGUGGGGCUCAGAUUCAUUCUUAGUGAUUGGCCCCUCAGAGCCCAUUGUGGCCAUGCUGGGUGCAGACACGGUGUUGCCCUGUCGUGUGUCCCCAGCCAUGAGCGUGGAAAACAUGGAGCUGCGGUGGUUCCGCUCCCAGUUCUCAGAGGCUGUGUAUGUGUAUCAGGAUGGAAUGGAGCAGACGGGAGAACAGCUAGUAGAUUUCAAAGGGAGAGCAGAAUUGGUGAAAGAUUACAUCGCUGAGGGAAGAGUAGCUGUGAGAAUCCACAGCCUCCGGAUCUCAGACAAUGGAAUGUACAAGUGUUUUUUUAAAAAAGGCAGUGAUUAUGAAGAAGCCAUUUUGGAGCUAAAGGUGAUAGGUUUGGGUUCUGCUCCCCAUAUUUUCAUGGUGGGUCCAGAAGAUGAAGGAAUAAGGCUGACAUGCACAGGCAAGGGAUGGUUUCCCCAGCCUGAGGUACAAUGGAAAGACGCAAAAGGAGAGAAGUUACCGUCUCUCUCUGAGGAUGAGACCCAAGACGACGAUGGGUUGUUUCAGAUAGAGGCAUCCCUCAUUGUGAGAGACAGCUCAAAGAGAGAAGUGUUCUGCUCCAUGAAGAACCCCUUCUUUGGACAAGAGCAAGAGGCAACUAUUUCCAUCCCAGAACCCUUCUUCCCUAGGACCUCUCCUUGGAAGGUAGCAUUUGCUGUGACUUUCCUCAUCCUUGGUAUUUUUGUGGGUGCUGUUAUGUUUUUGGCCUGGAAAGAACAGCAGGAAAAGAAGAGAGUAUUGGAAGCCAUGGAGGAAAAAGAGAAAGAAAGUAAAGCCAAAGAAUCACUUGAGAAAGAGCUUGUCAGAAGGAAGGAAUUAUAUCAGCAAGACUGGAGGAAAGCGAAAUUAUAUGCUGACUGGAGAAAGGAACAGUUUGAAGAAGUGGCUGUUACUCUGGAUCCAGACACAGCUCAUCCCAACCUCAUCUUAUCCAAGAGUGGAAAACAUGUUUCUUCAAUAGAGAAUGUACCUCAGAACUGUGAUGCCCCAACAUACCAAGGGCAAGGGGAAUCUGAAACCAUCUUCAGUGUUCUGGGCCAGAAUUCCUUUACCACAGGGAGACAUUACUGGGAGGUAGAAGUGAAAACAGGGACAGAAGUUGGACCUGGGACUAGAUGGGCUCUGGGUGUUUGCUCAGAUACAGUGAAGAGAGAGGGGUGGUUUGUAGAAAGUCCAGAGAAGAAUUUCUGGGUGAUGAUAUACAAGGAUGGAGAAAUCAGGACUCUCACCUCCCGGCCACAGACUCUGUCACUGAUGCAGCACUCCCACAGGAUAGGAGUUUUCCUGGACUGGGAAGCUGGGGAUGUGUCCUUUUACAAUAUGGUUGAUGGGUCGCACAUCUAUUCUUUUACUGAAGUUACCUUCUGUGGGAUCCUCCAUCCUUAUUUUAGCCUUCAGGGUCCUGGCACGUCUAUAACCAUCUGCCUAGCUUCAGAUCGCACAGAAAAUUGUCCAGAUUCUUCUCCAAAGACCUCUCUAACUCAUUUAAGGAGUUGUGAUAUGGAUGUCCCCCAAGAAGCUAAUUCUCUAUUACCUCCGUAA